CUCUAACCUAACCUAAUCACAUGCGUGUACUUGAUACUAUUAUACAUACCAUUGGCUCUUUAGCUUGAAGCAUCUUUAAAACAUAAAGAAAUAAUGUUUUGAUAUCUGGUAAACUCAAAAAAUGUAAGCAUUCCGAGACUAGUUUGGUUAUCGAACUACGUAUGUAGAUCCUAAACUACCUCCAAGACAAAGUCUGGGAUGCACGUUCAACAGGUGUUUUCAAGUACACAAGCUUUACAUUUAGAAACGUGGUGAAGCGACAAAUCAGUAUCACUUUCAAAAAGAAAACCCUAUUCGACAUGGCAGACUUUGACCUCAACUCAACAUUUAUCCCUGCUCUCCAUAAGCCUUCGGCCUUACUACCCAUUGCCAAGCAUCACGAUAGCUUACUCUACCUCAUCGAGAAAAACCCAGUAACAAUCGUUGUUGGGCACACAGGUUCUGGUAAAACCACACAGAUACCGCAGUUCCUCGAGCACGCGGGAUGGUGCUCUGACGGUAAGAUAGUUGGUGUUACUCAGCCCAGAAGAGUUGCUGCUACAACGGUUGCAAUCAGAGUAGCCGAGGAAUAUGGCUGUGAGUUGGGAAAAGAGGUGGGCUAUUCGAUUAGAUUCGAGGAUGUGACUUCUGCUGCAACUCGAAUUAAAUUCUUAACGGAUGGGUUACUAAUUCGAGAAGCUCUGGUCGACCCAUUGCUAUCGCGUUACUCCGUCAUCAUGGUUGAUGAAGCCCAUGAGAGGUCUAUAAGCACGGAUAUUCUCCUUGGUCUUCUUAAGAAGAUACGGAAGCGAAGACCAGAGCUACGCAUUAUUAUUAGUAGCGCUACCCUUCAAGCGGAAGACUUUCUCAGCUUCUUCUCCCAGCAGUCCGAUAACCAGGGACCUCCCGAUGGCGAAAAGAAUGAGAUAGGCUCAAUAAUUAGCCUUGAAGGUAGGAUGUAUCCUGUAGAUGUUCUCUAUUUAGAGUCGCCCGCGGAAGACUACGUUGAAAAGGCGAUAUCUACAAUUUUCGACAUUCAUACCAAAGAGCCAGAAGGCGACAUUCUUGUCUUUAUGACUGGUCGCGAAGAGAUUGAUACAGCUGUUCAAGCCAUUGCGGAACGAGCAGCCCAACUUCCGCCAACCGCUCAAUCAAUCGCUGCUCUUCCAUUAUAUGCAGGGUUAUCAACAGAGCAACAAAUGCUAGUAUUCGAUAGUGCGCCUGAAAACACAAGAAAAGUCAUAAUCUCGACUAAUAUCGCGGAAGCAUCCGUCACAAUCGACGGUAUUGUCUAUGUUAUUGAUUCGGGCUUUGUCAAGCUAAGAGCCUUCGAUGCUAAGACUGGCAUCGAGUCUUUAACAGCGACACCUGUCUCGAAGGCGGCAGCACAGCAGCGGGCGGGAAGGGCUGGACGCACAAAGCCGGGGAAAUGUUUUCGGCUUUACACUGAAAAGGCUUUUCAGGCCUUACCUGAUGCAAACAUCCCGGAAAUACAAAGGUCUAACCUCGCACCAUUUAUCUUGCAACUGAAGGCGCUUGGUAUUGAUAACGUCGUGCGCUUCGACUAUCUGACACCACCACCAGCGGAACUUAUGGCCAAAGCAACAGAACUGCUUUUUGCCUUAGGUGCUCUGGAUGAAUACGCUAAGCUUACAAAACCAUUGGGUAUGCGGAUGGCGGAGCUUGCGGUAGAGCCCAUGAUGGCGAAAACCCUAUUGACAGCCUCAUCGUUUGGCUGUCUUAGCGAAAUUCUUACAAUCGCGGCGAUGGCAACCAUUAGCGGUUCCGUAUGGAUCCAGAGGGAGGGGGGAAAGAAGCUGACAGAGUCCUCACGACGGAAAUUCGCUGCAGAAGAAGGUGAUCACUUGACGCUUCUAAAUGUCUACCAAGCAUUUGUAACGAAGGGCAAGAAAGAGUCCAAGUUUUGUCACGAAAACCAUCUCAAUUUUAAAGCUAUGACCCGCGCCGUAAGUAUCAGAGCGCAACUGAAACGCUACCUGGAACGGUUUGGAAUAGCAGUAGACGAGAGCCUCAAGACGUCAGCGGCCAACAAAGGGGAGCAGAUUCGACGAUGUCUGACGACGGGAUAUUUUGCCCACGCGGCCAGGAUGCAACCCGAUGGAAGCUUCCGCAAUGUUGAAGGUGGAACAACACUCUAUGCGCAUCCUAGCUCUUUAAUGUUCAACCGCAAAGCUGAUUGGGUAAUUUUCCACGAGGUUAUGGAAACUGGCAGCAAGAUAUUUAUUCGCGAUAUCAGCAAAAUCGAGAAGGAGUGGCUUCUGGAGUAUGCGUCGGGAUACUACCAAGUCAAGUCAUGAGGGGUUACGAGAAUAGACAAUUGACACAAUUGACCUGGUAUAUUUCGACAACGAGGUCUAUUGCAGCCAAGGCCAUCGUGCUCCCAAGUUGGAAGGCUAGGUAUUCUAAUGAUAUCCACCUCCCUAUCCAAGACAGGUAGUUGAGGUCUGCUCGUUAAAGAGAAGCAAGCUAUGAAACAAUAUUGCAGUCGAACCCAUUGAGGCUGAGACGCAAAUAGCCAAUCGCCAGGGAUGGUUUCAAAAAGAAACAAGCUUCUCGUUAGAUUGGUGGCACUUCCAGGUUAGCUGCACUGGCUAAGCUUCAAUCAGGUAAUUCCCGGAUUUAUGGGAUUUUCCUUGAUUACUAUUAAUCGACCGACCUACCUCGACAGGUUCGAGCAGGUGGGUGCAUGUUACCUUAG